GAAAAACCAACUGAUACAACCACAACUACCAAAAUAACAACAACACAAAAACCAACUGAUACAACAACCACAACUACGAAAAUAACUACGUCAGAAAAACCAACUGAUACAACCACAACUACCAAAAUAACCACGACAGCUAAACCUACAACUACAGAAAAACCAACUGAUACAACCACAACUACCAAAAUAACAACGACAGCUAAACCUACAACUACAGAAAAACCAACUGAUACAACCACAACUACCAAAAUAACAACGACAGCUAAACCUACAACUACAGAAAAACCAACUGUUACAACCACAACUACCAAAAUAACAACGACAGCUACACCUAUAACUACAGAAAAACCAACUGAUACAACCACAACUACCAAAGUAACAACAACAGAAAAACCAACUGAUACAACCACAACUACCAAAAUAACAACGACAGCUAAGCCUACAACUACAGAAAAACCAACUGAUACAACCACAACUACGAAAAUAACAACGACAGCUAAACCUACAACUACAGAAAAACCAACUGAUACAACCACAACUACCAAAAUAACAACAACAGAAAAACCUACAACUCCUACAACUACAGAAAAACCAACUGAUACAACCACAACUACCAAAAUAACAACGACAGCUAAAUCUACAACUACAGAAAAACCAAUUGAACCAACUGAUACAACCACAACUACGAAAAUAACAACGACAGCUAAACCUACAACUACAGAAAAACCAACUGAUACAACCACAACUACCAAAAUAACAACAACACAAAAACCAACUGAUACAACCACAACUACCAAAAUAACAACAACAGAAAAACCAACUGAUACAACCACAACUACGAAAAUAACAACGACAGCUAAACCUACAACUACAGAAAAACCAACUGAGUCAACGACAGUAACAACAACAGUAAAUACAACAAAAUCUACGAAAAGACCAAGAACAACAGCAUCCACACAGAAACCCACUACGACAACUACAAUAACAACGACAUCAAAAUCCACAACUACAGAAAAACCAACUGAUACAACCACAACUACCAAAAUAACAACGACAGCUAAACCUACAACUACAGAAAAACCAACUGAUACAACCACAACUACCAAAAUAAGAACAACAGAAAAACCAACUGAUACAACCACAACUACGAAAAUAACAACGACAGCUAAACCUACAACUACAGAAAAACCAACUGACACAACCACGACUACCAAAAUAACAACAACAGAAAAACCAACUGAUACAACCACAACUACCAAAAUAACAACGACAGCUAAACCUACAACUACAGAAAAACCAACUGAUACAACCACAACUACCAAAAUAACAACGACAGCUAAACCUACAACUACAGAAAAACCAACUGUUACAACCACAACUACCAAAAUAACAACGACAGCUACACCUAUAACUACAGAAAAACCAACUGAUACAACCACAACUACCAAAGUAACAACAACAGAAAAACCAACUGAUACAUCCACAACUACCAAAAUAACAACGACAGCUAAGCCUACAACUACAGAAAAACCAACUGAUACAACCACAACUACCAAAAUAACAACGACAGCU